AUGGCUCAUUAUUCCUCGUACAAUGUCCGUAUCAUCCUGAUUCUCACUCUAGGCUCCCUGACUUACGGAUAUGUCCUCUCUGUAAUGUCCAACACGCUCGGCGAGCCAGGGUUCCUGUCCUACUUCAACCUGGCAACCGACUCAGCAUAUGCCAGCCAGGUUAUUGGAGCCUUCAAUGGAGUAUUGUCUGCCGGAGGUGCUCUUGGUUGUGUCACCGUUGCAUGGACGAGCAAAAGGUACGGACGAAAAUGGAGCAUGAAUGCCUCUGCCGUAGUCGCGGUAAUAGGCGGCGCAAUACAGACUGGAAGUGUCAACGCGGCGAUGUUGAUUUUCUCGAGAUUCGUUAUCGGCUGGGGCAUGGGGAUGAUGGCUGUCCUUAUCCCUAUAUUCCAAGCGGAAGUGAGCCCUCCGGGAUCCAGAGGCCUAUUGGUAGGUCAACACGGUACUUGGAUCUGUGCUGGUGAUGCCAUUGCGGGAUGGAUCGGAGUGGGGACGUAUUACUCCUCUGACAAGAGUUUCCAGUGGAGGUUCCCGAUCGCCAUGCAGUGUUUCUUCCCCUUGCUUCUCCUUGUAUGCAGUCCUUGGGUUCCGGAAUCUCCUCGAUGGUUACUGUUGCAAGGCAGGAAAAGUUCUGCAUGGGAAAUCGUUGCCAAGCUCCACUCAAAUACCAAGUCGGAUCCGGACGGUGUCUAUGCUCGAGAAGAGUUCCACCAAAUGGCGAAACAGGUCGAGAUGGACUCUGAACUGUGGAUUGGAGGCGGUGGUGUCAAGCAGCUUAUCACUAGGCCUUCGUAUCGGAAACGAAUGUGGAUGGGUUUCUUCACGCAAUACGCCGCGCAGAGCACGGGUGCGAUGGUGAUAUACAAUUACAUGGUGACAUUGUAUGAAGACCUUGGCUUAAGCGGAGGAAAGGUCCUUAUGCUAGGUGCCGCGUACGUCACGGUGGCGUCGGCGUGCAAUUUUGUAUGUUCUCUUGUCAUGGAUCAUAUUGGACGGAGACGCUUGCUUCUGCUUGGGUUGUGCGGGUGCAUGGUGAUGCUUUCCAUCGAGUGCAUUAUGUUCUCUCAAUUCGGCGGCACCAACAAUCACGUCGGAAACUCCAUUGGCGUCUUCGUCAUAUUCUGCUUCAUUUUCUUCUACGCCGGUGGUAUCGACGCGACGAGCUACGUUUAUUGCUCGGAGAUCUUCCCCACCCACGUCCGAUCUGAGGGGAUGGCUUGGUCAAUGAUUGGCACGUUCCUGAGCACGAUCCUAUAUGUAGGAGUCGGGCCUCUUGCUUUGGCGGAGGUCAAAUGGAAGUAUUAUCUCCUGUUCAUAUCCCUCACAGCGAUUGAUAUUGCUGUCAUCUGGAGAUGGUUCCCUGAGGCGAGUAUUACCAAGGGCCUUUCCCUCGAAGAGAUCAAUAGCAAGUUCGGGGAUGAAGUUGCCGUCCGUCUCAAUGACAAAGACGUCAAAACGAUGCGAACUGGUAUGGAUUUCGAGGGCUCGGGUAGCUCUCCCGCAGCGCACCCGGAGGCGUUGGAGAUGAAGAGUCAGUCCAAUAGCACGCCAGUGUGA